UGUUAUGUUUGGGUAACACAACCAAAAUUAAUACAAAGUUUUUUUUCUUUUUCCGUUAGGUAGUCUAAAUAUUUAUUCGGUUACGAUAGUCUUAAUAGUCAUGUUUAGUUAUAAGGGUAAACUUGUGCUGUGUUUGUGUUAUGGUGACGUACGCAUUUGAUUAAAGUAAUUUUGUUUUGUUCUAAUUGGUAUGCACUUGCCUCCAUUGAGGCUUAAUAUUUAGUGAGAAAUGAAGUUUAUAUUUUUUCUUUAAAAAGUAGUUAAUUUCUGGUAAAGAAAUCUGCUUGAAAUUGUGAUUAUGAUAGCAUAUUAAAUAGUUAAUUUCUGUAGUUCUAUGUGUUUUAAACUUGGCAAUAGGAAAAAAAAUUAAAAAGUUUUAAAAAAUGAAAGUAGGAAAAAAGAAAUGAUUUUUUGCUGAGAGGCCAUUGCAACUAUUUUAUUGUAUUAAUUAUUUUAUAGCUGGUUGUUUUAUUUUUUUAUGUCCAUCAAGAAUCAUUUGCUCCUAAUUGUAUGACUAUUUAUAGUAAGAACCCUAUAAGUUUCGGAAAAAGGCUUAUACAAAUGGCAUAAUCAAUGCAAAGGUUCUAGUUGGAUCGGAUGGCUAGGUUGAGACAUUGCCGUUGGUAAUAAUGUAUGAAGAAAGAAAUUAUCCAAAUUUACUGUAGGAGUGAGUGCAAUGGCCUGAUUCUGCUCUGAGUUUCAUGCAAUGAGAGCAGUACUUUCGGGGAUUGAUAAUCAUAAAGGAUGGGAACUGAGAGAAGUCUCUCUUUGAGUAACUGCUGCAUUAGUAGUUUGGCAUGUGUUGCUUUGGUAAACAUUUUAUAAUACUAGUGUUGAUCACUAACCUUAAAAAAGAGAAGUAUACAGGAAAAUCAGGCAGCAAAGAGAAUCUGUUUUUAGGCCAAUUCACCAGGGAUUAUGCUAUAGUUCUGGGUUCUCAAGAAACCGUCAUGGGAACAAGAUCUUAUCAAAAUCAUGCAGAGCUGCUGCUGAAGGAAUAUUUGCUUGAUGAUUCUUUUAUUCCAUACACUUCAAUUAUUGCUGGCAUUUUUGCUUGUAAGACGGUUUAUGAUCUUACCGAUUUGUUCAGUGCUGUUUACUUCAAGUGCUAUCCAAAACUUGCAAAUGUCCAACGAAUUGAGUGGAAUAACAGGGCUAUUUCCACUUUCCAUGCCAUUUUCAUAACAGUUAUAUCGUUGUACUUAGUCUUUGGCUCUGAUCUCUAUUCUGAUCAUUCUGCUGAUGUUAUUACAUUUCGAAGUUCUUCGUUGUCUGUAUUUGCAUUGGGGGUUUCUGUUGGUUACUUCAUUGCUGACAUUGGGAUGAUUAUCUGGUUUUAUCCUUCUUUAGGUGGAAUGGAAUAUGUUAUUCAUCAUCUUCUUUCCAUGGUAGCAGUGGCAUAUGCUAUGUUAACUAGUGAGGGCCAGCUUUACACCUUCAUCGUUCUUAUCUCAGAGACGACUACGCCGGGGAUCAAUUUAAGAUGGUACCUUGACACGGCCGGAAUGAAGAGGUCCAGAGCAUAUAUGAUAAAUGGGGUAGUGAUAUUCUUGGCUUGGCUGGUUGCAAGGAUACUCUUGUUUAUAUACCUUUUCUGCCACAUAUACUUGCAUUAUGAUCAGGUCAAGCAACUGCACGAGUUUGGGAUACUCUUGGUGCUAAUUGUACCAGCUAUGCUGUCUAUCAUGAACUUGAUGUGGUUUUGGAAGAUUAUCAAGGGAUUGAAAAAGACAUUAGCAAAGAGGCAGUAGCCUAAUAACACCACAGAUUGUAGCAAAAGAGGAAACUGGUAAAUAUCACCUGUACAUUCUGUUUAUCUUGUACGCAUCCGCGAUUGUGAAUUAUUUUUCAUAAUCUUAUAUAGCAACAAAAAUAGCUGCUUUUGGAUUUGCUUUCUACACCUUGAAUGUACUUUAUGUAUAGUAAACUACUGAUAAUAGUAAUUUAUACAUCUUUAGUAA